CCGAUGCUAAUGUAAAUCCGGACGAGCACGGGGACGGGCGCCUCCUCCUUCUCGGCUCGGACACGACCACGCCUCCUCCUCCUCCUCCUCCUCCUCUCGACGUCCCUCGGGCACGCUCGAUCUCGAUGCCGCGCGGCUGGUUGACCAAGGCGUGGAAUAAGGUCCGGGUGAGCGUGAAGCAGGGUGAUGUGCGCUCGCACGCUUAUGGAUCUGGGGGUGGGUACGGAGGGGGAGGGUGGGAGCAUGGGUACGGAGGGAGUGGGGCAGAGGCGAUGAGGGCUGCUAGCGGAGGGUUCGGCAAUGGAAACGGUGGUGGCCGGUCGAGUCGCGGGCAGGGAGGAGGCGGCGGCGGUAUGGGAGGAGGAAGCGGGAGCGGAAGCGGAAGCGGCGGGGACGGCGGUGACCGACGGGGCGCGUCUGGCAGCUUCCUCGACACCGACUCGGACACGAGCGAAUCCGAGUCCGGCUCGGAUUCGGAGGACGAGGCGGGAGGGAGGAAGAAGGGAGGGAGCACGACCUCGGACGACGACGUGCCGCUCGCGCAGAAGAUCCCGACCGCGCUCAAGGCGCAGAAGACGAUCCGGCGCCAGGUCCGCGCCGAGCGCGAGGAGCGCAAGCGCAAGAAGCUGCUCGAGCGCGCCGAGAGCCAGGCGCAGAAGGCGUACCUCGCCCACGGGCCGUCGAUGCAUCGCGAGCGGAACGAGACGCUGCGCCCGAGCGCGAACCCGCGCACUUCCGGAUCGCCGCCGAGGCAGACGUCCGGGGCGUCGCCGCACCUCCCGUCCAUGGCAGGCGUCGUGCAGCAGGCCGUCGCGGCGGACGCGGCGCGGAGGAUGGCCGCGCUAUCGCUCAACAACGGUCCCGGCGAUCUGUCGUCCUCGUCCUCGUCGUCACCCCCGCAUAUACCCAGACGGACGCGGGCGCAGACGCUCACAGGUGGUUCCAGCCGGCCGUAUGCCCAACCGGCGCCGAUGCCGGUGCCAGCGAUGCCCGUACCGGUACCACAGACACCCCAUCGCGGUGCCUCACUCCAACCCCGCGCGUCGACGUCGCGCCCGGGAUCGCCUACGAGAUCGGGCGGGUGGGCACGCGCCAUGCGUGGCCUGCGGCAGCACAGCCCGAACCCGCCGUCGGUCCCGCCGUCUCCCGUGAUCCCGAGCUCGCCGAACCCUGGACAUCGGAGGCAGCCGUCGGUCGAGCGCGAACGCCAGCGCGAGCCGUCGGGGCUCCGGCCCAUGCGCUCCUUCCACCGGCCCUCGCGCUCGCAGAACGUGACGCCGCCCGAGGGCAGCCCGCAGAUGGCGCAGCUGCAGCGCUCGCGUUCGCGCGCGGGGAGGUCGUCGGACGAGCGCGCGCGCAGGCCGUCGACGUCGGACGGGCACCAUCGUCCCCCUGUUCCGCCGCUACCGCCGCAGCCGCCGUCGCGCCAUUCCGAGCAGCCGCCGGUGCCGGGUCGCGCGUCCGUCGAGCAUAUGCCCCCGGCGGUGCUAAGGCAGGGCCCGAUGGUGCAGCAGAAGAUAUUCGUGGGCGACCUGCAGCGGUUCCAUACGGUCGAGCUGGGCCCGAGCACGAGCGCCGCCGAGGCGCUGGAGACGAUACAGAAAACGGGCGCGCUCGACGGGUGGGUGGGCAGCGGGUCAUGGCUGGUGUUCGAAGUCGCGCAGGACUUCGGGAUGGAACGUCCCGUGCGCGAGUACGAACAGCUCAUGGACGUCAUCGGCUCCUGGAAUAAGGAGAAGAGUACGAACUUGCUGCUGGUGAAGAAGACUCCGUUGGCGUCCGUCCUCAGUCGAUCGGCACUACCGACAAGCUCGCCUACGCACGGCGGCUACGUCGAGUGGGAAAGCAAGCGCGGCAAGUGGAACAAACGCUGGCUUCAUCUGCGCGAGCACGGCCUAUGGUUGUCGAAGAAAGACAGCUCGAGGGACGAUCAGUUCCUCUGCUCGUUGUCCAACUUCGACGUCUACGCCGUGACGCGUCAACACAAAUCGCCCAAGCCGUUCGUGUUCGCCGUCAAGUCCACAGAACCCCUGUCCUUCUUCGAGAACACCGCGGACUACAACCACUUCUUCUCGUGUUCUGACAAGGACGGCCCGCUAUGGGUGCAAAAGAUUCUCCUCGCACGUUCGUAUGUUCUGUAUCAAGAACGCAACGUGCUCUUCAGCAAGUCGAGCAGUAGCGGAAGCACCACGGGCAAUCAAGGCGGUCUCGCUCGUUCGGGCACUCGCAAGCGCCCCGCGGAACCGCUCGUCACCGUGUCCGCCCCCUUCUCCGCCACCGUCGCCGCUGCCUCUGCCGCCGUGUUCGAACCCGGAUCUUUGCUCGCCAAGCAAUGAAAAUUCGGAAUACUCUUGCUGCUGCCUCUCGUCUCUUAUGCAACGACAUUCGCCUUCCGUCAUUCUCACUCGCUCAUUGCCUUGCAUUGUCCACGAUGUAACCGUGUCUGUUGUAUUCAAUUGCUACUGUAUACCUCGUACAAUCUAUCCUAUGAUUUGC